AUGGCCUUGCAUCCGAGUUACCGACGUCAACUCUCAAAGCUGAGGGAGGGAUAUCUCGGCUCAUUCUUCUACCAGAUAGACACUCAAAAUCAGCUGCCCAGAUACUCUUUCGUCCCUUGGGGUCAUAUUUCACAUCACUCCCAGGAACUCAGCCAGACGGUUUUAACUACAUACGAGCUGUCCAAGAACAGGGUAUAUGCAAAGCCCGAACAGAAGAUCAACAAUGAGCGCCUGUAA